AUGGUACACCAGCAUGAAGUGCGCAGCUAUAAGGACGCUCUUGACCCCAUUGAGAAGUCCUCUGAGGAGCUGAGAUGGAGGCUUUCAGGAGACAAAGGACGCUCCCACAAUGACAAGGACGACCCAGGUGAUCGAGCAGAUAUUGUCAAGAGAGACGGGGCGCAGAGAACAGCGAGGAGCCGGCAAGAUGUGGAGUUGAAAUGA